CGAACUUUGUCAUGUAUAUGCCUGUUUUAAACGCUAAAGCUAAAGCACGCGAACUGGUUGACAUAAUUAGGGAAGAGACAAAUGCCCCAAUGGCUGCUUGCAUUGACACGGUUUCUUUAAUUCUUAAGUGUCUGAUGAGAGAUGUAUCAUCUUGUAAAGAUUUAUUGCACAUAAAAACUGCGUUAGAUCAUGAAGAUAUUAUCGAUGUUGAACAGUGUUACGAUGCUGGCGUCAUUCAUAAGUCGAUAAUGAUCAUAUCGAGCAUUAUUGAUGAUAAAAAACAGCAAAAGUGGAGUUUGGAAGGCGAUAAUCAAUUGGUAGAAUGCUUGCAAACGUUCUCAUCUGUUUUGGAUAAUACAGAUAAACGGAUUUCGAUAAACCAGCUUAGCAAAAGCGAUUAUGAAUUUAUCGAAAAGCUUGUGCUUCUUUACCAAAUAGAACAAAACGAUGUAAUUCGGUUGGCACUCAUAAAUGCAUUUUUAUCCUGUUGUCAAAUUGAAGUUAUUAAAUCAUUUCGGCUUCCGGUUUUGAUAAUUGCCAAUAAUAGAUUUAUUCAUCCGCUUUCUGAUCUUGAAAUUGCUGCAUUUAAUCUGCUCAUCGAUAUUUAUAGUAUUACUGAAAAAAUACCUUAUUUUCACCUUGAAUAUUUUACUACUGAUUUUUUCGCAAAAAUAAUACUUUUAUGUGAACAUGAUGCUAAAUUGCCUGUAAAAUUUCUCUUGAAUUUCAACAGCCAUUUCGACGAUGAGCAAAAUUUUAUUAUCAGUGCUCUUCAUUCUAAUCAGUCACUUGUAUUUGGCCAGCUGCUAAUAGAAGAGUUUAAUAGCAGAAGAAACAAUGAUUGCGUGUGUUCGACUCAAUUGGCUGAGAGAAUGAAAAAACCACUCGAUUCGCUAGUUCUUUGA